CGAAGGUCACAUGACCAGAAAAUGGCGUCUGUCAUCGAGGAAAAGCUACUGUAAAGUUGCACAGGUGCUUUGAGUUUGCACUGAAUGUGUUAUAUUUGCAUGUAUGUUUGUCUAAACAAUCUCGAGAAUGGCGUUUAGAGGGAAGUUAAAUGUGAUAUAUGGUACAAUAUAUAACAGUGCAAUUCGGAAUUGGCGUCAGCCAAACUGCAAAUACAGCACAACGUGCACCGUUAAAAGUAAAAGUGACCUGAAAUCGAAAUAUGAUGUCAUUAUAGUUGGAGCAGGACAUAAUGGAUUGGUGUCAGCAGCCUACCUACAGGAGGCAGGACUCAGUGUGUGUGUUUUAGAGAGGAGACAUAUUAUAGGGGGCGCCGCUGUGACGGAAGAGAUAAUUCCUGGUUUCAAAUUUUCUCGGGCAUCAUAUGUCUUAAGUCUACUGAGACCAAAGAUAGUACAAGAUCUGGAACUUAAGAAGUAUGGACUGGAGGUAUAUCUUCGCGACCCCAGCUCAUACACACCCCUCCUGAAACCUGGGGGCAGGGACGGAAAAGCAAGGUCCCUCCUUCUUCACAGGGACAGCAAAAAGACAGCUGAGUCUAUUGCGCAGUUCUCUCAGAAAGAUGCAAAGAAUUGGUUUGAAUAUGAGAAACAACUAGAACACAUCGUGUCAGCUAUUGAGCCCCUGAUGGACACUGCCCCAGUCCACUUACCAAGUGUCAUGGCAAACAAUAUUCGAGAUCAACUCAAAAGUCUGCCUGCCAUAUUUACCCUUCUCAAGUCUUUCAAAUCCCUGGGAAAGGAGACUGAUGCCUUUUACGAACUGAUGACUGCACCAACUACAAAGAUUCUGGACAAAUGGUUUGAGUCUGAGCCUUUGAAGGCAACACUAGCCACAGACUCGGUCAUCGGAGCUAUGAUCAGUCCAAAGACACCGGGCAGUGGGUAUGUGCUUCUGCACCAUGUGAUGGGGGAGUUGGAGGGCGUAAAGGGGGCGUGGGGAAUUGUCAAAGGGGGCAUGGGGGCAGUGUCCCAAUCAAUCGCUAACUGUGCUGUGGAUAGAGGGGCCAGCAUCUUCACUGAGGCGCCCGUUCAGGAAAUUCUGACCAGUGACAAUUCUGUAAAGGGAGUGCUCUUACAAGAUGGAACAGCCAUUGAAGCCAAGGCUGUUCUAUCAAAUGCUACACCAAAAGUGACUUAUCUAGAUCUGUUACCAGAGGGUAAUCUCCCUGAGGAUUUGAUGACGGAGAUCAGGAACUUUGAUUACACAUCACCUGUGACAAAGAUCAAUGUUGCCUUAAAAGAACUACCAAACUUUGUGGCAGAUCCCAAUAUUAGAAAAAAUGAAGUCAUGCCACAUCAUCGAGCAACCAUUCAUCUCAACUGCGAGCAUUCUGAUCUUAUCCAUGAUGGCUUUUUGGAUGCUCAGGCAGGCAGGUUUUCUAGCAAGCCUAUGAUUGAGAUGGUGAUUCCCACAAGUCUUGACCCUACCAUGGCGCCCCCUGGCUGCCAUGUUUGCCUCUUGUUUACACAGUACACCCCUUACCAUUUGGCCGACGGUCAGGAGUGGGAUGACCAUAACAGGAACAAAUAUGCAGAUACUGUCUUUGAUGAUAUAGAAAGGUAUGCACCAGGGUUCAAGGCCAGUGUUGUGGGACGGGACAUCCUCACUCCACCAGAUCUCGAGAAAACAUUCAACCUAACUGGAGGAAAUAUCUUCCAUGGAACAAUGGGUUUAGAUCAACUGUACAUGUCCCGUCCAACCACCAGACUCAGCAACUACACAUCUCCUGUGAGGGGCCUUUAUCUGUGUGGAAGUGGAGCACAUCCAGGUGGCGGUGUUAUGGGAUCAGCUGGAAGGUUGGCUGCCAUGGCAACUUUGUCCCAUUUCAAAAAAAAGUAUGUCAAGCAGAACUCUAAAAAGUAGCGAUAGACCCAGCUCAACAUUUUAUUUGUAUUACUGAGAUCUGCAAAUGGAGAGGAGCUAUCAUUAAUUUGCCUGAACAUACUACAGUAUUGAUAUAUAGCUCUCAUGAUUGGCUGUGAUGUAGGCCUUGAGAUAUUUAGCCAGUAACCAAGAAAUCAUCUGAAAAUCAUUGAAAUCCAAGCUGCUGUUCAUAAUUGAUCCUAAAAUUAAAAUAAAACACUGGCUAUAUAUCAAGACGUAAUAAGACAAUCAAACAUCAAUACACAAGCCUGAUCAGCUCCAUGGAAUGUUGUGAUCAUUAGAAUUGUAUCAGAAAAUCAAUUUUUAGUUCAUUUCCUAUGAUCCUAGAAAUCCAUUUCAUGUACAUGUCUCUGAAUGAAAAGCUAGCAAAACUGUUAUUGAUAUGGAAGUAUUGACACUAAUGUGGCCAAUAUUUUUCCUUAUAUGUUGUAUUAGUAUCAUUUUUUUUUUAAAUGCACCAUUACAAAAGGUGCAUAACCAAUUGAUAAAGCUUGUACAAUCAAAAAUUUAUAGAAACUGUGAUAUUUACAUUACAAUCUAAUUGUUGAGUUUAAUUUAUUGUUAUGAUAACUAGAGUAUUUAUAGUUGAUACAGUUAUAAAUAAACCCAAGUCUGGUAAUAAGCCCUGCCAUUUUAAUGGCAGUUCUAUGAAAAUGCUAACACAUUCUCAACCUAUUUACAGUACAAUAUAACCUCAAUAUCUUCAUUUCAUCAGGUCUUAUUUCAGUUGUAUAAUACAAUAUUACCAAAACAGUUCAUUUUGAUACCUUUAUUGAAAUUUCCAAUACAUUUAUUUGAAAAUAUUAUAUACGAUGUAUAUACAUUACCAUGGUGUCAAAGAUUAACUAUUAAUAUGUAAUAUAAUUUUUUUCACCGUUUACCCUAACAUUUCAGGGCCAAACAACAGAUUUAUGUUAAGGUUACCCUAACAUUUUAGGGCCAAACAACAGAUUUAUGUUAAGGUUACCCUAAUAUUUCAGGGCCAAACAAUGGAUUUAUGUUAAGGUUACCCUAACAUUUUUGGGCCAAACAACAGAUUUAUGUAAAGGUUACCCUAAUAUUUCAGGGCCAAACAAUGGAUUUAUGUUAAGGUUACCCUAACAUUUUUGGGCCAAACAACAGAUUUAUGUAAAGGUUACCCUAACAUUUUUGGGCCAAACAACCGAUUUAUGUUAAGGUUACCCUAACAUUUUUAGGGCCAAACAACAGAUUUAUGUUAAGGUUACCCCAACAUUUUAGGGCCAAACAACAGAUUUAUGUUAAGGUUACCCCAACAUUUUAGGGCCAAACAACAGAUUUAUGUUAAGGUUACCCUAAUAUUUUAGGGCCAAACAACAGAUUUAUGUUAAGGUUACCCCAACAUUUUAGGGCCAAACAACAGAUUUAUGUUAAGGUUACCCUAAUAUUUUAGGGCCAAACAACAGAUUUAUGUUAAGGUUACCCUAACAUUUCAGGGCCAAACAACAGAUUGAUGUUAAGGUUACCUUUACAUUUUCAGGGC